AUGACGGGCGCGAAAUCUCCUACCGCAGAGAACACCUCGGUGCCAACAACUGCGGCGAUGUCGUCGCCACAGGAGGCUUUAGACCUCGAGCAGUUACCAAAUGGCUACUAUCGUAGCAAGAACUUCAUCGGGUCUCUGAUUGCGGUCUGUUUGAUGGGUAUCAGUUUGUAUUUGGGUUAUGUUUUGCCGGUUAACAGUUUGGCAGCGAUCAACAAGGAUCUUGGUCCUGAUCCCAACUACACUCUGAUUUCGACCAUGUUCACUUUGAUCUCCGGUGUCGCUGUUCUUCUCGUGGGUCGUUUUGGUGACAUUUUCGGUCGUCGAUACUUCUUGAUCGGAGGACAGUUCCUCGGUUUAAUCGGUGCAAUUGUCUGCGCUACAGCUAAGAAUGUCCCGACUGUCAUCGGUGGUAGCGCCCUGUGUGGUCUCGCUGCUGCGGUUCAGUUGACCUUCACCUUCGUCAUCGCAGAGCUUGUGCCUAACAGGCUCCGUCCAGCUGUGAAUGCUGGUAUUUUCCUGACCACUUUCCCAUUCGCCGCAUUCGGUGGUUUGUUUGCACAGCUCUUCAUUGCCAAUACGGCCAAGUCAUGGCGCUGGUCUUAUUACCUGAAUAUCAUCACUUGUAGUAUCUCUGUCAUUUUGCUGGUCUUCUGCUACUUCCCGCCCGGCUGGAAUAGUAAGCACAAAGGAGUGUCAAAAAUGGAAGGUGUUAAGAAAUUCGACUACAUUGGUUUUGUUCUCUAUGCUGGCGGGCUAAUCUUGGUCCUGCUUGGCCUCUCCUGGGGCGGUGCUUCGUAUACCUGGAGCUCCGGACACGUUGUCGGCGUCCUCGUCGUCGGGUUCGUUUCUUUGGCCGCAUUUGUCUUCUACGAAAUCCUUGUUCCCAUCGAGCAACCCUUGUUGCCCAUGUCUUUGCUCAAACAUCGUGGCUACAGUGCUACUGUAUGCUCUGCCUUGGUCGGCAAUAUGGUCUAUUUCUCUAUGAGUCUCCUAUGGCCUGAGGCUAUUGCGAGUCUUUACACUACCAACACCAUCAAAGCUGGUUGGCUCUCGAUCUCCACCGGUACUGGUGUCAUUGUCGGGGAAAUCGCAGCUGGUAUCUUGAUGAAGCCCAUCAGACAUAGCAAGUACCAACUUAUCUUCAUUACGCUUGCCAUCACAGCCUUCUCUGGAGCCCUGGCUGCCAUCAACCAAAACACACAGGCUAUGGGUCUUGCGUUUACUGCCCUUGGAGGUUUUUUCGUUGGUUACCUCGAGCUCAUCACCCUUAUCAUGUGCCCAUUGUACUGCAAGCCCGAGGAUAUUGGUCUUGCAAGUGGUUUCCUUGGCUCAGCAAAACAAGUUGCUGGAACCAUUGCUGCUGCUAUCUACGUUGCCAUCCUCAAAAAUCGUCUUACCACCAACCUGGGGGUUAUUCCAGAGGUUGCCAUCGAAGCUGGUCUUCCCGCCUCUUCUGUCCCAACUCUCAUGGAGGAUAUUGCCGGUUCCCAUCCUUUCAGCAACGUGCCUGGUAUAACCGAUAAGAUUAGCGUUAUAGUGGCUGAUGCUAUUAAGACAGCUUACGCCCACUCUUUUCGGACGGUAUUUCUUGCUAGUAUCGCCUUCGGUGGCUUGGCUGUCAUUGCCGCUGUGUUUUCUGUUCCUAUUGACAGCAAGCUUAACAACACGGUUGCAGCUAAGUUGUCGGGUACUGGCGUCAGUGACGAGGCAUUGGACGUUGAAAAGGCACAGCAGUAA